CUGCGAUCUCACUGUCUUUGCUGUCUUGACUUUCCUCCUUUUAAUACCCCAUCGCAUUACACCAAUUGGAUUAUGGUCUUGAUCAAUCUACCAUAAAUCAGAUACGACAUUUUCUAUCUCUCGCCCUCAUUUACCUCACGCCCUACCUCCCACCACACCAUCCAAUCCAACAGGAACAACAUACAAACCACACCCACCCACCAACCACACCCAAAAAUCGAAAGAAAGGACAGAAUGAACGCAGAAGCCUACCUUCGCAACCACGGCUGGUCCGGCCCCGGCACCCCCCUCAACCCCAACCGCCGCCCCGGCGGCCCCAACGGCGGCCUCGGCCUCACGAAACCCAUCCUCGUCGCCCGCCGCACCGGCAACCAGGGCGUCGGCAAGAAGACCACCAAGGAUCAUACCAAUCAGUGGUGGCUGCGCGGGUUUGAAGAUGCGCUCAAGGGCGUGGGUGGUCCGGCGAACUUGACGGGUUCCAGUGUGCGUCCGGGGAAUGCGCUUACGAGUGAGCUUUAUCGGUUUUUUGUGAGGGGGGAGACUGUUGCAGGGACACUUGGGGAUAAGUUGGCGGAGGCGAAGGUGGAUGAGGGGAAAGAGAAUGGGAAGGGGAAGAAGGAGGGUGAGUCGAAGGAGGAGAGGAGACUGCGGAGGACGGAGAGGAAGGCGAGAAAGGAGGAGAGGAAGACGAGGAGGGAGGCCAGACGGGCGCGGAGAGACGAGAGACGCGCGAAGAAGGUUGAAAAGCGCGCAUUGAAAGAGGCGAAACGGUCGAGAAAAGAACAGCCGCAUAAUCCCCAAGAUGACUAUCCCACGCCGCCGGCGACCGAACAAGAGCUGGUCGAGCCGAAGCUGAAGAAAGAGUCUAAGACGGACGGCCGCUCGAAGAAGUCUUCGCGGAAGGAGAAGAAACCCGAGUGAUCCUGACCUGACUGUUUGUGCCUUUUUUGCAUACGAGCGUGUUCGCAUCUGAGAUAUAGAUGAUAGAUAGAUAGAUACCCA